GAAAAAUAAUUUACACUAAUAAAUUUCUUUUUCAUUCAAAUAUGUUUUUUUCCCGUUUCGUUCUUCGAUCACGUGACGGAUGAUGGCGACGUGACGCGGUAUUGGACAGGUGGAUUCAACACGGAAGUGAGAUGCGCUUCAUCGUAGCAUUUAGAUAAACAAAGGAAAGUAAAGAUUAUAAGGAUAUUAUCUAGUUACAGACAAACUAAUGGAGUUCAUAUAGUUAUGGAGUGAAGGGUGGUCGUUUGUUUAGCGGUUUUUAAAAUAAGAAAACGACCUUUUGUGGCGAAAAGGUGAUGGACUUCUUCAGAGCUGACGGAAGCUCCUACACGGACAACUUGAUAGGGACGCUCCUCGCGAUUUUUGGAAACGUUCUCAUCAGCAUUUCUUUGAGUAUUCAGAAACAGAGCCAUGUGGCAUUAGUGGGGACGAAGGACCCGCGGACCUUCUACCGCACCAAGACCUGGUGGUUCGGUUUUAUUUUCACCUUACUCGGUGAAACAGCCAACUUUGUCUCAUAUGCCUUCGCCCCUCUUGCUCUUGUAGCUCCUCUAAAUGCCAUCUCUGCCCUUACAAGCUCCAUAUUGGGCCUUAUUUUUCUCAGAGAGAAGUCAAAGCCUAAAGACUUCAUUCAGCGCCAUGGAUUCUCCUUCCUGGGCUGCAUCCUCACCAUUGCAGGCACCUACCUCUUAGUAGCAUUCGGGCCAAACUCUCAUGAAAAGCUCAUUGCAGAAAAUGUUGUGGCGCACCUGGUGGGAUGGCCAGUCUUGCUGUAUCUGCUGCUGGGAAUCAUUGCAUUCUGCCUGCUCUUGUUUUUCUACAAAAAACACCACUCAGACUACGUGGUUGUUAUCCUGCUGUUGGUGGCCCUGCUGGGUUCUGUGACAGUGAUUUCAGUCAAGGCCGUUUCCAGCAUGCUUGUUCUCACAGUGGAAGGAACGAUGCAACUCAACUACCCGAUCUUCACCGUGCUGUUAGUUUGCAUGGUGGCGUCUGUUGCCUUUCAAGCUGGGUUCCUCUCCCAGGCUUGUAAGCUGUAUGAAUCAUCUCUGGUUGCCUCUGUAAACUACAUCUUCUCCACCACUUUGGCUGUGGUUGCUGGAGCUGUGUUUUACCAGGAGUUCAAACAUGAAGACGCUCUGCACAUCUGCAUGUUUCUAUUGGGAACUGCAAUAUGCUUCCUGGGGGUCUUCCUCAUCACCAAAAAUCGGAAAAGAGCCAAGACAUUUGAGCCUUAUGUCACCAUGAACAUGAAUAAUGGGGUCCCCACCAUCCACAGCAAAGGAGAGACCUCCCAGGCCGACUACAGCGGCUCCUUCUCAUACGGCGCCUUGGUCAACAACGACGGAGGUGCGGCUGCCAUUUCACAGGUUGAAAAGGAACAUGCCACUGCCAACUUCACUCAGACAUCCAACGGUCAGCCUGACUCCAAGAAGCAUCAGAAUUAAUGCAGUUUUAUCUUGAAGCUAAAUAUUAACAGGACGUAAAGGGAAAAUGUGCACUUUUAAGUAUUUUCUAUUUCCUGUCUUCCACGACAUGGUUGAAGAUUGACCUGUAACCUCUCUUAAUUUUCAACUGCAGUGCUUUGAAUAUCUUGAGAUGAUGUCAUGAAAAAUCACUGUGCCUUUUCUUGCUUCAUUUGAUGUUGACGUGUAAUUUGGAAUCAUCCCCAAAAAGCUGCAGUCCUGCCAAUGAAUCCUCUGUACCUUUCAUGUACAUAUCUCACAGCAGUGUUCACUCCAGUUUUCUGCCUCUCACUCACAGACUUAAUUCUUCCUAAGGGUCCAAAUAAUUUAUUUUAUUUAUAAAUGAUUGAGUCUGUAUUUAUGUGCCUCGAAAAGUAGCUAGAAUAAGGUUGAGUUUUUACUCGGGAAUUGAAAGUGUCUGUUCAGUGUUCUUCUCAACGUGAGGUUGCUUCCAUAAUCCAAACAAUUUUGCUCGUAAUGAAGUGACGUCGACCCAAAGUCUUGGCUCAAUGUAAAGGACCAGUCUUAGUGCUGUAACUUCUACUUAGAUGUGGCUGUACACUGUUCAGUUUUUGCCACGUCUUUCACAUUAGAUUUUGAAAUAGGGACAGUUUUCCCAAACUUCCAAAAUCAGUCAGAUUGAACAGGCAAAUGAAAGAGCUAUUUUAGUGCCUGGUUUUACACAUGAACUAGCUAGUUUUAUGCAACUCGUUUUCAGGUUGUGAUCCUAAAUUUUUGGCCAAUUCUUUUGGUCAACGCAGCAACUGUUAAUGCAGCAACUUGAGUUUUCCUGUGUGGAUGCCUCACACACUUCACUUUGCACAGUGUUAUUAAUAAAGAUGAUGGUGCAACUCUCUCUGUGCUAUUGUAGUUAUUUUGGUGACUGUCACAACAACUGUUGUCAUGUUUUAAUUCUAGUCGAACCUGUUAUACUGUCAAUACAGGCCUCGGGUGAAAUGUCAUAUUAGACCGCUUGGCCAUAAGUUCACAGGCUUGGUGUGUCACCAGGAUGAUUUAAUGUUGGAAAAAAUAUGUGUCGGUGAAU